UCAUAAUAAAGUGACGUUGUCGUUCUGUGUCGUCACAGCAUUGUCUCGCUGAUAUCUGUCGGAGUCGCUCGUGCUUUAGAAGCUCUGUCAUAUUUAGUACCACAAUGGGAUGCAAGCAGACAAAGACGCGGUCUCUAAACCAGACGUCGGCCAAAGAAGCUCUGGAGGGCAAGAUCAACUGUCCCCGUGAGCUGUUCUUCGCCAAGAGUCAGCCCACACCCCGGCUAUCCGGUGAGGAGAUAUUGAAUCAGCUGCGAGAAGAUGGUAUCGUCCCCGACCGCCACCGAUCAGGUGGAGUUGCUUUCUCGGUUGCUGCCAAGGAUGGCGUCACCGGCCCACGUGGUAAACCACCACGACGCCUGGAGCGUAUGCCUAUCAAAGGCCAUUACACCUCAGAAGAGCGACAGAUAAUUGCUGAUGUCACUCGCUUCGACAGGUUUGUGGAACAAGUUCAGAGGCGAGCCCUGGAUCGAGACAUUAAAAGAAAGACGGUGGUUCUCGAGAAGGAGAGGCAAAACCUCAUGAAGAAGAUGAUGGCGCAUCAGAAGCUAUGUGAGAGGGAUAAACGUCUUCAGCACUUUGCGGAGGAGAAGGCAUCGAAGGAGGAGGAGAAGGCGGCCAAGAAGAAGGCAAAGUCUGCAAGGAAGAAUGAUGAGGCAGUAAUAAAGAAUUCGCCUGUCAAGAAGUAGAGGAAGAAUGAGGGAGAAGUGGGGGCGGGCAGGCGCCUCGGUAGUGAGGAUAGCCCGCUUUAUGAACACAUUGCAUCUCUGAUGUGACCAUGUUGUCAUAUGAGUUGUCAUAUAAAUGCAAAGGAAACGUAGUUACAAUAGGUUUAUAACGUGAAUGUAUAAAUAUAAAAAUAAAAUUAAAAAAAGAAUACUACACAAUAUCAAAAAUAUUUAUUGUAUCUUAUCAUCAAUACCAGUGUGGUAGCGCGGAGAAGCCACUGUGGACAGAAGCGCCCGGGUUGUGAACACCAUACUCUAUGGUAUAUUAUAUAUAUUUAUGUUAUAAUUAUCAUUUGAAUGUUAGAAAUAUCUCAGAUAAAAUAUGUAAAAAAAUAAUAAAUUCUAAAUCCACAAUAAUUUCAAAUUCAAAUUCAUAGAGUCCUUGCUUCAAAAAAUGUUUAACAACAGGUGUUCCUGUACACAUUUAGUUUUGGUGUACUUUUCAUUAUGUAAAUACUUCGUAACCGUUGUCU